GAGUCACAUGCUCCUCCAUCAUAAACCUUAUAGCUCCUCAGAGGGAUUUAUUUAGCUGCUACGAUGGAGCAGAGAAGAACACCUCUGAAACAAAAUAGCCAACAAGACGAGAUGCAACUGGAAAACAUAACUCAAGGUCUUCAAGCAAGUGCAUCAAGUAACACUGAAGUAUAUUCACACAAGGAGCAACUGUCACCUGAACCCAAAACAGAUCUCAGGCUCGUGCUCUUUGGCGGAGAUGGUGCCAGCAACAACUAUGUAUGUGGCACCAUCCUCAGAUCCGAACACAGAGAGGAAACUAUUAACGCGAGAAAGGGAAAUGUCAGAGAGAGCAUCAUUGCUGGAAGACGAGUGUCUGUAUUUAAGGCUCCAUCAUACUGGAUGGAGCACCUGGAUUCACAUUUGAUUUUCUCAAACGGAGUCGAGUCCAUCAGACACGAGAUUCAGAACUGCACCUCAACACUGUUUCCUGGUCCACAUGCUUUUCUGUUAGUGAUGCGAGCUGGUCAUGCUACUGGAAAAGAGCAUUAUCUGUUACGAGCAAUAACCUCAGUGUUCGGAGCAGAAGCUUUAGAGUACACCAUGGUGAUGUUCAUCCAUGCACACGAACGGCACCAUCCAAGGAAGGCCUUGAAGGACCGCUGUGUGCAGAUGUGUGGAGAAAGAUUCUACUUUCUGGAGAACAACGAUGAAAAUGUGGAGGAGCUUUUCAUGAAAAUUGAGACAAUGACACAGAAGAAGAAAAAAAGCAGGUUCUUUGUUCAGCACUCAUAUGAAAAUCUUAUGAAAAUGUGUUUUGAAUCAUGGGAAAGCACAAGACUUCAUGCUCAACAGUGCAGAGAACAUAAGCUGAUCGAAGAAAUGAAGGCAGAGCAACAACUGAAGGAGACUGAACUGAGGAAAAACCUGGAGACACUAGGGCGAGCUGAGCAGGACUUGAGAAAAGAGCUGGAAGCUUCCAGACUCAGUGAGAGACACUUGAAGAAGGAGCUUAAUGAGUCAAACGACAGAUCUAACAAACUUCAAAGAGAAGUAGACGAGUACACAGAGAGGGAAAAGGAGCUACAACAGAAGCUGAAAGAUCUACAGAAUCGAGAGGAGCUACUGCACAACAAACUGGAGCAACAGAUGAGACAGAAAAGUGAGGAACUGAAGGUCAGAGAAAGUCAACUGGACUACAAAGAGAAAGAACUGAGGGCCAGAGAGAGAGAAUUAGAAGGUAAAGCUGCCUCGACUGAGGAAGGAGACAGAAAACCUUCACGACGCUGCAGCAAAGAUGGAAUUCCACCCCACAUGUUGGAAAAUCAGACUAGGCCUCCAGAUGAGGUCUAGAUGACCUGGAUGUGGUGUGUCAAGAACACUAAGGAUUUGUAAUGGUGAUGGAUGCACAGACUGGCUGCUUCAUUCAUGUCAGAGGUUACAAAGGGAACCAGAAACAGAAGCACAAAGCAGAAGCGUUCUCAAGACCCUGUAGAGCAGAUAGAGGUGAACGGUAUGGAUUCUGGACCCUUACAUCCCAUCUGAGCCUGCAGACAGCACUGCAGACUGAGGAGGAUCUUCUGUUAGAGCUGAGAUCUGAACCUUCAGGAUGAAGAUAGAUAAUUUCCAUGACAACGCAAAAGCAGCUGAACUUUGUCCUGAAGAGCACAUGACAAAGCUCACAUCACAUUCAACCACCAUAAACUUUCAUUACUCUUCCAUCAGCGACUGCGAUGGACGACAGAAAGAGGCUCUCAGAACCGUCCGAAGAUCAUUCACAGGAGGAGCUGCCAUCAGCAGAACCCAAAACAGAGCUCAGGCUUGUGUUAGUAGGUGGAGAUUCUGCUGAUAACAGUCAUGCAUGUGCGCUUAUACUGAGAUCCAAACAUGGAGAGGAAGCAGUUCACUCACGAAAGGGGAACAUCAGAGAGAGCAUCGUUGCUGGAAGACGAGUGUCUGUAUUUAAGGCUCCAUCAUACUGGAUGGAGCACCUGGCUUCAUAUUGGAUUUUCUCAAACGGAGUCGAGUCCAUCAGACACGAGAUUCAGAACUGCACGUCAACACUGUUUCCUGGCCCACAUGCUUUUCUGUUAGUGAUGCGAGCUGGUCAUGCUACUGGAAAAGAGCAUUAUCUGUUACGAGCAAUAACCUCAGUGUUCGGAGCAGAAGCUUUAGAAUACACCAUGGUGAUGUUCAUCCAUGGAGAUGAAUGGGGGGAUCCAAUGGAUGCCCUGAAGGACCGCUGUGUGCUGAUGUGUGGGAAAAGGUACCACAAUUUAUUUGACACAGAUAAUAGUGUUGAGAGAUUAUUCGAGACAGUUGGUGCAAUGGUACAAAUUAAAAGAAGCAAAUUCUUUUUGCAAUCUUCUUAUGAAAACCUCAUGAUAAGCAGUUUUGAGGGAUGGGAGUUACGUGCUAAGCUGGAGAAGGAAAAACUGAGAAAAGAACUGGAAGAAACUAAACAGACGGUGCAAAAUCUACAGAAAGAUAGUGAGGAUAUUGAAAGACAACAUGAGAAGGAAAUGGGGGCAUGCAGACUCACUGAGAGGCAGCUGAGGAAGGCGUUGGAUGAAUCAAAGGGCCAAGUUUCAAAGCUCCAAAGGGAAAUAGAAAAGUACGACAAUCGGGAGAAGAAGCUGAAACUGCGAUUGAGAGAUGCAGAAACGAGAGAGGAGUACGCCCGGGAUCUAUUACAAUCCGAAAUGUUAAGUCAAUUCAAACAAAAAAUUGAGAGACUGAUGGCCAAAGAGGAAGAACUGGAACUGAGAGAAAGCAGACUUAGAGGGUUGGAAGGCCAAGAGCAAGAUUCACAAGCCUGUGGAUCAUCUGAGCAGGCAAGGCCUGGUCCAAGAAUGCGGGAACAGUCAAGUGGACUCCUGGAUGACCUGUAGAAGAACAGAAAUGUGUGGCCAGAUGCACAUCCUACUUUUUUAUGAAAAACAGAAGCAGGAACACCAGGGAAUUCAUGAGUCAUUACCAAUUCACGAGCCAAUCCUAGCGCAGUGGGCGUGGCCCAAAUGAAUGACGCUGCACAAAACAAGCACAGAGCCAACGGCAGACCCAUAACAGACUGACACACACAGGAGUUUCUCGCAGCGGUGCUGCCGUUAUGCCUCAGGGACUAACAGGAGUUUAAUGACUGACGGCAAUGACUUGAGGCUCAACAGUAACUCAACGGAGCCAAUGAAGGGAGCAACAUUCACCUUUCUACUGGCCAUCAUGUGGCCUUCUCUUCAGGCCCUCUUCACUGUGGAGCCUGAGCAGAACUCGUACGAUGGAGAGCUGCACAAAAACAUCAGGAUUGCAUGUCGAUUCUCACCGGUAAAAAAUGUCGCUCAGCUAUCCGUCAUCUGGCAGCGCAUUGAUCUUUCGCCGGUUGUAGAUGUCUAUCGGCUGGAGAAAGGCCUCGAGAACCACAACUUCACUGGCAAAAGCUUUCAAAAGCGAGCACGCCUGCUGAAGGACGAGCUGGAUAAAUAUCGGGCGGUGCUGGAGCUUUCCCAGCUCCAGAUCAAUGACUCUGGCACAUAUCAGUGCAUCGUCAGACUGGAGGAGGCCGACUACAAGAAAACCACCCUAACUGUCCGAGCUCCGUACACUGCUGUUAAAAAAGGCAUCAGAAGAUUGGGCAAUGAGGAGGUGGAGCUUUCCUGCGAGUCCCAAGGCUUCCCUCUGGCUCGCAUGGUCUGGAGCGACGGCAGGCUACAGGACCUGAUGGAAAGGUCAAACAGUAGCAGCGAAAAGACCAGCGAGGGCACCUAUAAGGUCAUCAGUCGAGUGACUGUCAAAGAGAGCAUCAUGGACAACUACACAUGCUCCAUCCUGCUGGACGGGAAAGUCCAGUCAGCCACUUUUGACAUUCCAGGUGAAAUUCCUGGGAAGAGUAAGUGGUCUCAUGGUUAUGCAGCCAUCGGUGUGAUUGCUGUGAUGUGCGUGGGCUUCGUCACCACCUCUGUGAUCGUACACAGGAGGAAGAAAGGGCAAAAAAACAGAGACUCCAUAUCAACCAUAUGCAAAUCAUCAGAACCUAAUCUGACUGUCACAUCGACUGACUCUUUACUACCAAAGACUCCAUUUUUCAGAGCUGACGCAUUUGCUUUUUCAUCAGAAGUGUGCGAGGGGAAAGCGGAGAAUCUGAGGGAGGUGUUGAAACAGAGAUACGCCGAGCUCAGCACAAUGGCUGGAUGCGCACUCCAGCACAGCCUGCUCUGCGGGGAAAGCCAGUGCGAUCUCCAGUCCAUCGUUCCAGGCAGUAGGAAAGCUAUACUUCUGGAAGGAGAAGAAGGGAGCGGUAAAUCAUCUUUAGCCAAAAAGCUGGCCUUUUCGUGGGCUGACGGAUCCUCUUCUGACCCCUUCAACAUCAGCAAGACCUGGCUGGUGAUUUUAGUGGACUUUGAGGGAGCAGAAGGCGAUUUUUUCCAAGUUGUAAAGUCAAAGAUUCCAAGUGAAGCGGGACUGGAGACAGCUGACGUCAAAGAAAUCCUUCUGGGGAACAUGGACAGCCUCCUCAUCCUGGACAGCUAUAAAGAAGGGAACAGAGAGAUGGACGAGUCUCUCAUUAAGUUCCUAAAGGACAGAAGCGCCUGCCGGGUGCUGAUCACAGCCCGGCCGGGACAGCACAGCAAUCUGGAGGACACUGUCACAAAAACCCUGCAGCUUCAGAGAUAGCAGAGACCUGAACUUUGAAUGGAGACGCAUAGACUGAGAAACAGUAGUGCACCGAAGUGACCUGAUUAAAAUGUGUGCAUCAUUUCCACAUGAACAUUACAUUCCGUAUUGCUGCAGUGUGAAAAUGAUGUAAACCUUUAAGUAAAUCCAGUUCAUUUUUUUGUAGUGCAUGUUCAGUUAAAUGUACUUUUUUGCCCUGGUUGCAGUUUAACCCUUUAAAUGGCCAGGAACCAGCAGCAGUUUUAUUACACUCUUUUAUAACUUAAAAGUAGCUCGGUCAGUUUGCACUGAAGUCCCCGUAGUUACUGAGUAAUAAGCCUUGGUAUCUAAUUAGCCUGGCCAUUUCUGGGAUUACCAUUCGGAGUAAUGUCAUUUCACUGUUAUUUCAUUGCAUUUCUUGUUACAGCGCUGAAUCAAUGCAGUUACACGUAUCCACCUACGCACACAUCUACACAUCUACAUACACACAUUCACAGGAACUGUUUUGGUUGCUGUUUAUGGCACAUAUGACCAAAAAAGCAACGAAACGAAAAUAAAUGUCAAAUGCAUCUGAGAUGGCGACCUUAAAAGUGUGAUUAUUUCCAAAUAACUUUAGGAUACAACCAGCACUGAACUGCCUCCAGAAAAGGAUUAAAGAGAGGUACAGACAUUAAACCUUUGGCUUACUUUAACACUGAGUUUCCUUUUUCCGCUAUGGUUGCUCAAUCACUGCCAGGACUGAGUGACUCAAAGCUAACACUGCCCCGACUCUCUCUAAGAACGGAUCCUUUUACUUAUUUCUCCUGCACUUUUGUAUUUCAGUUCAGUGCCAGACUGUGUAAAAUAUAGUGUGUAACAUAUGUCUAUAUUUCUGUUUCUGAGGUAUUUUAUUAUGAACUCUGUCAAACCACAGGGGUAUUUUUAAGAUGAUGAAUUGCUAUUUUUCUGCUUUGUGGUGAGUGAUGUGAGUGAGUGGGAAGUAUAUACACUUUUUACAUGGUAUUUUGUGUGGUCUCAGUGGAGUCCUGAAUGUCUGCUUUCAUAUAUGUGAACGAUUCAUUAAACUCUGGAUGAAUUGUUCAGU